ACAUAAACAUGAGGAUACCGUCACCUUAGGGCGCAGCGCAAUCACUUCGUGUAAGACACCCUCUCUGCUCCACUCACGAGAGCGCCCUCCUCCUCCUCCUCACCCGUGCCGGUCGGACCUGUAUGGCACCAUCGACCGCCAUGUCAGCUUUGACCGCUGGUCCGAACACUGAAGACCUUCCUCCCCGCUCGGUCCUCGUCGGCAGAGGCGAGAUGCAGACCAGCCUGAGCUCCGAGGAGCCCGUGAAGCCCAAAGUUGCUAUUUUGCCUUUCAGCGUCGAGGCACUGAUGGCUGAUAGGAAGCCCAGCAGAGAGGCGGUCUCCCCGGGCGCCCCCGGGACGUCCCACGCCCUGCUGAAGGGCUUACGCAUGGGCUCUUUCGGUAGUCUGGAUACCUCCUGCGCUCCUGCUUUGUCCAUGAGCUCCUCGUUUUCAGUGGGCGACAUCCUGAACAUGCCCGAAGACGUGUUGAUCAAACCCGAGAGCCCGGACAGUAACGAGAGGACUUCAUGGCUACAGAGUCCUCGCUUUUCUCCGACACCUCCACGAAGGUUGAGUCCUCCUGCCUGUCCUCUCCGAAAGCACAAGACCAACAGAAAGCCCCGGACCCCCUUCACCACGUCCCAGCUGCUGGCCCUGGAGAGGAAGUUCCGCCAGAAGCAGUACCUUUCCAUCGCCGAGCGCGCGGAGUUCUCCAGCUCCCUCAACUUGACGGAGACCCAGGUCAAGAUCUGGUUCCAGAACCGGAGAGCCAAAGCCAAGCGGCUGCAGGAGGCAGAACUCGAGAAACUGAAAAUGGCAGCUAAGCCGAUGCUGCCUCCAGCGUUCGGGAUUUCCUUUCCUCUCGGCGCGCACGUCCCCGGCUCGUAUGGGUCGCACCCGUUCCAGAGGCACUCGCUGCCGGUCUCCCCCGUGGGACUGUACGCCGCUCACGUCGGAUACAGCAUGUACCACCUGGCUUGACAGGGACUGGAGGACGAGGAGGGACGUGCAUGUGGGACACAAGGGGGGGGGUUAGACUACUUUCUCGGGGCCCUUCGGACAGGUGAGGCGACACUAAACACUCAAUGAAGAGGCACGGAGCUCAGGGGCCAGGGCCUCCAAACAGACCCCCCUUCUGGACCUGGAAGUUGAUGCACUUCUAUGGACCUCGCCAGUAAAUUCACACACAUGAGAAAUAAUCCAAAUGUUUUAGUCAUUUUAUUCUCGAGACUUAAAUGUGGACUAAAUUAUACAAUGCCAAUCAAGAACCUGUGGAGAGGAAUCUUAAUUCAUAAAACAAUCUGACCGUGAGACGUCAUGCCUUUAUUAAGGUGCAGUGAUGGGAAACAAUAGUCACGGAAGUCGUGACAGAUAGUUUCCCGGUGCCUCCAGCCGGUGAACAGGCCCGUGCACGGGGAGAAGAGCUCCACGUGCACCGACACACUUCUGUUGUGCUUCAUCGCUGCAAAACAAACACAUGUGUGUGCAUUAUGGAGAGUCAUAAUGCACAAAACAAACACAUGUUUUUGUGCAUUAUGACUCACAAACACAUGUUUUUGUGCAUUAUGGGGAGUCUUAAUGCAGAGUCAAUGAAUGCUCUUUGUGCUCAUGGAGAACCAGCAUUUGUUUUUUAUAACAGCACCGUCUGUUGUUGGAAUGGUUCCCUUCGAAAGGGAUAUGUGUACUGUAAAAUAAUGUAUAUUUGAAGAAUAUCCUCAUUUAUAUUAUGAAUAUAUUUGUGACAUAACUUAACAAUAAAUUGUUUAUUCUUUUUCAUUA